AUGAAGAGCAUCAAGAGCUUAUCGACAAUGCAUGCCGCAGCUGCGAUACUAAUAUUGCUUGCGGCACACAUCAAUAAUGUCCAAGUGGCCGAUGGCGCGCCGAAUUGCGACGUGCAGGCACUGAUGCCGUGCAAGACGGCGCUCUUCUCGCCGGGUACGAAAGCCGACAGUAAAUGCUGCAUUGCCUUAACCCAGCAGCUUGUAGAUAGUUGCUAUUGCAAGUACAACAACAACCCCAUCAUUAAGCCCUACAUCAAUAGAGCCAACGAGAUCCUUGUCGACUGCAAACGCAGUGUCCCCAAAACUUGCUGA